AGGUUCAAACCCACUAUAUUUAUGCUAUUUUGUUCCUCCAGCAAUGGGAAACUAACAAAGGAAAUAAACCUGCAAGUUCAUGGCAACAAAAUAUGUUUCUGAACAAUUAUCAGGACACACUGCGAAAAGUUACAUUUAGGUAUAAUUUCUUAACUACAUUGAAUCCUUGGAUGGUCUUAAUGAUUCCAUGCUUUUCCCUAAAAAUCUACUUUGAUUUCUGGUAGCCUUAGGAUACUCACUUGUCAACUACCCAUAUUAUUCGAAGUAGUAAAGAAGGUGUUUUUAAACAGUCUUUGUUUGCCUUCAUCUCAGUUAAACCUCAACAGUUCCUAACUCAAAUAGACGAUGAAGAUUUUCAUCCUGAUUCUGAACAAAGCAGCUGUGGUUCAGUAUUUCUUGUGUUCCACAGUCUAGAGAUAUUAGGUUAAGGGAUGAUGUCAGAUAAGUUCAUGUACUUGUAUUUUCCCAUAAGUACAAAUUAUACCUCUAGAAAUAACAUAAAAACAAGAACUUCCAAAUAACUCUGCACACAGUUGAACAUGAAUGUGGAUGUAUACAAAAUGUACUUUUGUAUUGGGAAGCAACACCUAUAUAUCUCAGGUCUACGCAUUGUCCCUAGCCAAGGGAAUAGCACACUAAAUAUGGCUCCUUCCCACAGCCUGCUUUCUUCAGCAGCUGCCUUCAUCCCAGGUUGAAAGGAACUUCCUGGAAGCUCAUUGGCCCAAAAGUAAGGAAAUGGUUACUUAGCAACUGAGUCCUGACUGUCCCACCCUAGACCUGAGAAGAGGAAUCCUGUGGGCCAGCCACCUAGUUCUGCCUGUGUUACAGUGAAGAGGAGCUGCUUAGGAGAAGAUGAAGCCCUUGUCACUGUUAAUAGAGAUACUGAUAAUUCUUGGGGUCACAGUUAAAAAUAUUGAAGCAGAAAAAUACAAUAAGGGACAAAAACAGAGAAAUAUCACCACACAGGUACCAAUGAAUGAAAUCAAACCAUUUUUAUCACAUAAAUUGGAAAGAAAAAAAUUGAGUAAAAUAACCAGUAGAAGAGAAUAUAUCUUAGAAAAAAAGAAGAAUCAACAUAAAAUAAGAAUAAAAGGAAUUCAAAAUAAAGAUCUCUUGAAGAAAAAUAAAAACCAAUUAAGAAAUCAAGCAAAGGAUAAUAUCACAGAUGAAGGGGAUGAGCUAUUUAAGAUGGGCAUCAAGAUUCUCCAGCAGUCUAAAAGCCAAAAACAAAAAGCAGAAGCCUAUAUACUCUUUGCAAAAGCAGCUGACAUGGGAAACUUGAAAGCUAUGGAGAAAAUGGCUGAUGCUUUGCUGUUUGGAAAUUUUGGCAUGCAAAACAUAACUGCAGCUAUCCAAUUAUAUGAGUCCUUGGCUAAAGAAGGAUCUUACAAAGCCCAAAAUGCAUUAGGGUUUUUGUCUUCUUAUGGAAUAGGAAUGGAAUAUGAUCAAGCCAAGGCACUCAUCUAUUAUACCUUUGGAAGUGCUGGUGGAAGCAUGAUGUCUCAGAUGAUUUUGGGGUACAGAUAUUUGUCAGGAAUCAAUGUUCUGCAGAAUUGUGAAGUUGCCUUAAAUCAUUACAAGAAAGUGGCAGAUUAUAUUGCUGACAAAUUGGAAAAAAAUGAAGGUAUUCCAGUGGAAAAAGUGAGACUAACUGAGAGACCUGAAAAUUUGAGUUCCAACAGUGAAAUUUUGGAUUGGGACAUAUACCAAUACUAUAAACUUUUGGCAGAAAGAGGAGAUGUUCAGAUACAAGUAUCUCUUGGACAAUUACAUCUAAUUGGGAGGAAAGGUCUAGAUCAGGACUACUACAAAGCAUUAUACUAUUUCUUAAAGGCAGCAAAGGCUGGGAGUGCCAAUGCCAUGGCAUUCAUCGGAAAGAUGUAUUUAGAAGGGAAUGCUGCUGCACCACAAAAUAAUGCUACUGCCUUCAAGUACUUUGCUAUGGCAGCCAGUAAGGGCAAUGCAAUUGGUCUUCAUGGACUUGGUCUUCUCUAUUUUUAUGGAAAAGGGGUUCCUGUGAAUUAUGCUGAAGCACUUAAAUACUUUCAGAAAGCUGCAGAGAAAGGAUGGCCCAAUGCACAGUUCCAAUUAGGCUUCAUGUACUACUCUGGCUCUGGAGUCUGGAAGGAUUAUAAACUCGCCUUCAAAUAUUUUUACCUGGCAUCUCAGAGUGGGCAGCCCCUCGCCAUUUAUUAUCUGGCUGAGAUGUAUGCAACAGGAACAGGAGUGUUAAGAUCAUGCAGAACUGCUGUGGAGCUUUAUAAAGGUGUCUGUGAACUAGGCCACUGGGCUGAGACAUUCCUGACAGCUUACUUUGCCUAUAAGGAUGGUGAUAUAGAUUCUUCUCUUGUUCAGUAUGCACUGCUUGCAGAAAUGGGGUAUGAAGUAGCUCAAAGCAAUUCAGCAUUCAUUUUGGAAUCUAAAAAGGCUAAAAUUCUUGAAAAAGAAAAGAUGUAUCCAAUGGCACUUCUCCUGUGGAAUCGAGCUGCCAUUCAAGGUAAUGCAUUUGCUAGAGUAAAAAUUGGAGAUUACCAUUACUAUGGCUACGGGACCAAGAAAGACUAUCAAACAGCAGCCACUCAUUACAGCAUUGCAGCUGACAAGUACCACAGUGCACAAGCCAUGUUCAAUCUGGCCUAUAUGUAUGAACACGGCUUGGGUAUUACAAAGGACAUUCACUUGGCCAGGAGAUUAUAUGACAUGGCUGCUGAAACAAGUCCAGAUGCUCACAUUCCUGUGUUCUUUGCCCUCAUGAAACUGGAAACGAUGCAUUUCCUCCGAGACAUCCUGUUUUUUAACCAGUUCACAAUGAAAUGGAAAUGGAUGAAAUUGGACAACACCCUCGGACCAUACUGGGAUUUUUUUGUGAUUGGCCUAAUUAUUGCCAUGCUGAUCUUCUUGCUUAGAAAUCACCACCAGUAGGACCUGGAUUGUAGGAAAACCUGCUCCUGGGAACCAGUUUACUGCACACUAUCAUUGUUAAAUAAAAAAUUUCCUCAUCCAAAUCAAAAGUCUGUUGCAGAUUUCCCACAAUGACCCAUGAUAGAACAUGGACAGGACUUGGAACCCUAGGAUGCUAAAGGAACCACUUCAGACUUC